GUGUGGGGAAGCCACCAGUGGGAGAGCUGUCUGGCAAAGACGGAAAAGAGGGAAAGGUAGACAGAAGACAGACAGGAGGAGACGGAGGAACCGACGCGGACAGGUAGACAGCCCCACACACAGCGUCUUUAGCUCGGUUUGGCGUGUGCGCGACUCCGAAGCGUGACUUUGAGUGUGACAGUAGCGGAAUAACUGAGGAGGAGGAGGAGGAUAUGUGACUGGCCUUUUUAUACACAGCUUAUUUCACAACCGAAGGCAGACAGAAACACAGCCGCAGACCAGUGGCACAGACUGAAGUUACAAGGAGCACAGUGAGUCUGGUGAUCCCAUCAUCCCUGGCUUUGUGGAUUAACUAGCUGCCUUCAUCUACAGUGAUGCCCUAUUGAUUAGUGCUUUCUAACAAAGCUCAUGGAUUACAGCGAGGGUGUUGAAAAGGCCUUGAUCACAGCUGUGUCAACACAGCAUCAGGAUAUUUCUAAAGCACUACAGUAGACUGCAGAAAACUGACAGAGUUAGUGUUACAUGACAACCACCUAGAAUUUACUGUUAGAACUGAUCUCCUGAGUGAAAACUGGAGCAUGCUGUAAGUUCACAGGCCUCCAACCACAUUUUUGUUUGGACUGUCAUAAGUUUUCACAAAGAUUUCUCUCAGGAGACCAACUGACUUUUCAACAAUUGGAUCAUCUUGAGUUUAUAUUUUCCGUUGAACCUUUGCUGUUUCCACUCUACAGUUUACAUCCUAUAUUUUAUCACCAUGUAUGGUAGCUCUCGUUCAGUCUCUAAGCUGGAUGUUGUUGGAUCAAACGGGAAUGGCUCAAUGUCUGGAAGUCCCGGUCGAUCACCGCGCCUCCCUCGCUCCCCACGUCUCGGACACCGGCGAAACAGCAGCAGCAGCUCCACUGGUGGACUUACUGGUUCUGGAAAAACUCUGUCCAUGGAGAAUAUUCAGUCUCUCAAUGCCGCCUACGCAACAGGUGGUCCGAUGUACUUCACCGACACAGCAGAAGACUCGGUUGAACUCGGCAGUCUGGGCAGUGGGCUGAAUCCCUUGCUGCCCAAAAGCACCAUGACCCUGGGCAGAGCUGGGGCCAGGGUCCCCUACGGGGUCAGAUCAGCCAUCAUGGGGAGCAGUCCCAACAUAAACACUGGAGGAGGAGGGGGAGGUGGUGGAGCGGUUAUCCCCAGUGAUGCAAUAGCAUUUGGGGGUGAGCUGCAAAGCCAACCUCCACAGGCUGCUACUGUGCCGCACUCCAUGAGACAGGUGAGAGAUGGCGCCAUGUCAGAUCUGCAGACACAGCUAAGAGAGGUGCUGAGAGAAAAUGAACUACUGCGUCGAGAACUGGAAGCGAAGGAGUCCAAACUGAGUUCUUCCAUGAACUCCAUCAAGACAUUUUGGAGUCCAGAGCUGAAGAAAGAGCGAGCGCUCAGGAAGGAUGAGGCCACAAAGAUAGCAGUGUGGAAAGAGCAGUACAGAGUGGUUCAGGAGGAAACCCAGCAUUUUCAGUGCACCAUCCAGGCUUUACAGGAUGAGCUCCGAAUCCAACGUGAUCUCAACCAACUCUUCCAGUCUGACUACUCAGAGUCUGGUCGCCUUGGAAACCAGGCCAUCCCCCCUCAGGAAAUGACAGAAGAGAACUUCCUGCGCCUCCAUGGCGAGUAUGAGCGGCAGGUCAAAGAGCUCUUUCUCCUGAGGAAGACUGUCGAAGAGAUGGAGCUGAGGAUAGAUACACAGAAACACACUCUGACUGCCAGGGAUGAGUCUAUCAAGAAGUUGCUGGAAAUGUUGCAGAGUAAAGGCCUGUCAUCACGAGCAACAGAGGAGGACCAUGAGCGAACGAGACGAUUAGCUGAUGCAGAGAUGACGAUCCACCAGCUGGAGGGUCUGCUGGAGCAGAAAGACAAGGAGAUGCUACAACUCAGAGAGGAGCUGCACAGGAGGUACGAGGCAGCUCCAGAAUCAACUAAGACUAAGGCUCUGCAGACAGUCAUCGAAAUGAAGGAUGCAAAAAUCAGUUCACUGGAGCGCGGCAUGAGAGAGUUGGAGGAGGAGGUGAAUAUGCUGAAGUCGAACGGAGCUCUGAGCAGCGAGGAGAGAGAGGAGGAGAUCAAGCAGAUGGAGGUUUACAGAUCUCACUCCAAGUUCAUGAAGAACAAGGUUGAGCAGCUGAAGGAGGAGCUAAGUCACAGCCAAUCAGAGAAGGAGGACCUAAGGCAACAAGCCAAUGAGCUUCAACAGGAGAUGGCGGCAAUGGAGCAGGUGAAGCAGGAUCUGAAUCGUAAAGACAGUGAGAUGUUAGCUUUAAGGACCAAACUGGAAACUCUGAACAAUCAGUUCUCUGACAGUAAACAACAUGUGGACGUACUCAAAGAGUCACUCACUGCCAAGGAGCAGAGGGCUGCCAUAUUACAGACUGAGGUGGAUGCACUGCGUCUCCGUCUAGAGGAAAAAGAAUCUCUCCUCUCCAAAAAGAGUCAGCAGAUAUCAGAGCUGACGGAGGAGAAAAGUACUCAGCAUGGCGAGAUCACUGACCUCAAGGACAUGCUGGAUGUUAAGGAACGGAAAGUUAACGUCCUGCAGAAGAAGAUAGAGAACCUCCAGGACCAGCUGAGGGAUAAAGACAAGCAGCUGAGCGGUCUGAAAGACAGAGUCAAGUCUCUGCAGACAGACACCUCCAACACCGACACAGCACUGGGAACGCUGGAGGAGGCUCUGGCCGAGAAGGAGCGAAUCAUCGAGCGGUUGAAGGAGCAACGGGAAAAGGAGGAAAGAGAAAAAGGAGACGAGAUGGAGUCCAGCAAGAAGGAGCUGAAGGAGCUGAGAGAGAAAGUGUCCCACUUGCAGGCUGACCUGGCCGACCGUGAGACAACAGUGUUGGACCUGAAAGAGAAGGCUUCCUCUUUGGCUUCCUCGACUCUGAAGAAGGAUAACAGGCUGAAGAGUCUGGAGAUCGGUCUGGAGCAGAAGAAAGAGGAGUGUAUCAAACUGGAGAACCAGCUCAAGAAGGCUCAGAGUGCAGCCGUCGAAUCCCAGGCCAGCGCUGAACUCUCUGAACGCAUCUCCUGCCUGGAGCAGGAAGUGACCCAGCACAAAGAGGAUGCUGGGAAAGCCCAAUCAGAGGUGGAACGACUCCUGGACAUCCUGAGGGAGAUGGAGAAUGAAAAGAACGACAAGGAGAAAAAGAUCCACGAGCUGGAGAGAAAUCCUUCUCAUCUUUGGGGUUCUCAGCAGUCGCGAAAACAGGCCCCACCCUCCGCUGCUUCUCAGCAGCCAAUGGGGGGGCUGGUGUGGGACUACCUGGGCACUCUUGCCUCAAGGCAGAUGAAGGACCAGUCUAAGAAGGUUGCCAACCUGAAACACAAGGAGCAGCUGGAGAAGAGCAGGAACGCCCAACUGAUGGAGGAGGCCAAGAAGAGAGAGGACAAUCUGAACGAAAGCUCCCAGCAGAUAAAGGAUUCCCUCCGUCAGAAAGAGGAGCGCAUUGAAGCGUUGGAGGAGGCACUCAGGGAAAGCGUUCAGAUAACAGCAGAGAGGGAGGUGGUCCUCGCCCAGGAGGAGCAGGCACGCACACAGUCUGAAAAACAGCUCUCUCACAUUCCUCUGCAUGAGUUCACCACCGCCGGCUUUAGGUGGUCAAAGGUGGAGGACCUGCUGGUUGCCAUGGAGAAGGUGAAACAGGAACUAGAGGUGAUGAAAGCCAAGCUGUCAUCGACUCAACUCUCACUGGCUGAGAAGGAAGGUCACCUGACCGCCCUAAGGGCCGAGAGGCGGAAGCACCUGGAGGAGGUCCUGGAGAUGAAGCAAGAGGCACUACUGGCAGCCAUAAGUGAGAAGGACGCCAACAUUGCACUGUUAGAGCUCUCCUCAUCCAAGAAGAAGAAAACCCAGGAAGAGGUGGCAGCUCUGAAAAGAGAGAAGGAUAGUCUGGUCCAACAGCUCAAACAGCAGACCCAGAACCGGAUGAAGUUGAUGGCCGAUAACUAUGAGGAUGACCACCUAAAGGUCUCCUCUCCAAACUCAGAGCAGCCCAACAACCACAAGCCCUCCCCUGAUCAGAUCCUCUCUCCUCUCCUGGAUCUCAAUCAGAAUCGCAGUAAACUGAAGCUGUACAUCAGUCACCUGACCUCACUGUGUCAGGAGCGAGACCCAAUCAUAUUGCAGGACUUCGCCCCGCCCCCCGCCUAUCACCGCUCUGACUCCGCCUCCUGGCAUACGCAGCUGCAUAGCAUGACGCAGGAACAGCUGGAGGCAGAGUUGGCGCUGUGUGAAAGGGAGGGGGCGGAGCUACAGGAGUACGCCAAUCAGGUCCUGCAGCAGAUUGCCGACCGCUGCCCCGACAUUUUGGAACAAGUCGUCAACGCCCUGGAGGAUAGCUGCUGACACACAUCACGUACACAUCAGUAACAUACAGAAAACUACACAAACACAGAACACGUGCACAAAACAUUUUAACACACCAAAACGCUCCAAGCUCCCAUAAUCCCCUCAUACACAAAUCAAAUCAGUGUUGCACAUGGAGAUGAAGAAGAUUUUAUCUUCCACUGCUCUCCUCAUUCCUGCUCUUCUCUGCUUUUCUUCACUUGCCAUCAUUAUGACUGAAUAGCGCCAGCAGCUACUGCUCAGAGUUUUGGCAUGUCAUUUAAUUGGAAAUAGUUGAUGUUUUUUUUUUUUUUUUCAGACGUUAAACAUUUACUUUCUUAACUACUCCAAAACAGAAGGAGCACUCUCUCACCAUAUGUGACACUUCAGAGCAGCCAUCUUGUGUCCUUCCAGGCAAUCAGCAGUUGGACUUGUAAUCAUAACGUGAUCUAUUUUGUUUGUGGGGGGAGAAAUAUUUUCAACCGUAUAAAAGGGUGAAAGUGAGUUGAGGUUGGCAGGUUGUUUCUGAUGUCAGACUUACAUGCUGUUGCCACAUUGUUAUUUGAUUGGUUCAGAUACAAAGUGUGUUUAUUUCAGCUGCCUUUGGUUCUUUACAUCAUUUGCUGCUAUCUUUUUAAACUCUUAGUUCCUCUUCCCUUCAUUUCUUUUAGCUUUUUUUUCCCAGGUAUCUGAUGAAACACCCCAACUUGCAGCUCCUUUCCCCAGUAAUCUCUAGAUAGUUGUGCAAAUUGUAAAGAGAAAUUUAAUUAACAGAAACAUGGCUUUUGUCAGGGGAACGUGACAUUCUUGUAUUUCUUUCAUCUGUUGUUUUCUAUUACUGAAGAGAAGCUCAAAGACACACAAUCUCGCAAUACUCCCUUUAUUAAAAUACACCAUUGUAGAUGUUUUGUUUCUUUUUACGUAACAAAGAACAUGUUUUGUUUAGUUAUGGUGUACAUGGGUUCAGAUAAUCCUCACGUAUCCUUUUGUGACAAUCCUUUUAGAUUUAACAUGAGGAAAAGCUGAACGUACACUUUUUUUUUUCUUUUUUUUUUCUCCUUUUUUGGGAGGGAGGGGAUAUAAAAUAAUUGUUACAUAGUUUUCACUUUUGGUAAUAUAUAUAUAUAUAUA